GGGAGGCAGAGUGCUGCUGUUUGGGGAGGUCGAGGGGCUCUGUGAGAGAGAGCAUGGUCAUUAUCGUCUGAGAUUAACCGGACCGACCCCUUUUCAUCUUCGCCGGCGAUUAAAAAGUCGAAGAGCUGAGAAGUGACUGAGAUCCUGUUCUGGCGAAGCGUCGAAUGUGAUGAAGAUGCCGUUCAGUAUCAAGCGCUUCACGAUCCACCGCAGCUCGAGCCUUCCGACGCACGGCGGCUCGAAGAAGGAGAGCUCUUCCACCAAGGAGGCGAGCGUCUCCAAGAAAGGAGAUAAGAAGCCGUCCUCCCGGCCAAGGGGGUUGCCUACAUCGCAGUCCGUCGACACCGCGGACCUGCGACGCUACAACAACCACCAGGAGGCGGUCCAGGAAGAGAGAGUGCCCCCACUGCCCCCACACGACAGAUCGCGUCAGUUCGACUAUGACCCUAGAAAAUACGCGGGUCCAGAGGAGCGAGGGCCUCGAUGGAGAAAUAAAGAAAGGGGCCCCCGACUUCCGGGGGAUAUGGGCCCUGAGGUUCGAAGGGUCAUGGUCAGACGGAACGGAGUGCGUUUUCAGGACAGUGACUGGGCAACGGAGGAGAGUCAAUCAACAAGUAGUAGCAGCGGAGGAGGUACGGCUAGAGAUUACUUGGAUGAACCCAGAACUCCGGCCAGAGACGGUAGGUGGGGUAAUGGGAGGAGAGGCGGCCGCUCUUCUGGCUCGUCUCGCGGUCCCGGCGAUUGGUCCGAAGAAGGGGCGAACGGAGGUCCCCGACACUCGGGCAAAAGAUCCCAGGGGAGGCGGCACCACCAGCCACAAGAAUCCACAAUCCUGCACGACGCAAGACCCCCGGCGGACAUGGAAAAUGCCAUCCCUGGGCGUCACCCUCUGUACACCCCUUCGUACGACGAGGAUCCGGGCAUCAUGUCGGAAGUGGAGACGUCGGCGACGGGCUUCCGGACGAUCAGGGCCCCCAAGACCCCUCGCAUUGCCUCCUUCCCCCCACCUUCCACUCGUGGGGGAAAAGCACCACCUCUCCCACCGGAUCGACACACUAUGGGUCCUGUGUCCCCACAACUAAGGCAUGAAAAUUUGACCUUAGGCCUUGUGUUCCUGCAGUACCGUAGCGAGACUAAGCGCGCCCUGCUGCCCAACGAGAUUACCACUUUGGACACAGUGAAAGCCCUUUUCGUGCGCUCCUUCCCAAAGCAGCUCACCAUGGAGUACUUGGAUUCACCCCACAUCCGCAUCUACAUUCACGACCCCGCCAAGGAUAUGUUCUACGAGCUAGAAGACCUCAGGGAUAUCCGGGAUCGAUCGGUGCUGCGAAUCUACGAGCAGGAACCGAAUGGAGAAGUGUACAGCACGUGGGAGGGGGAGCUGAGUUACUUCUCCGAGCCCGAGUUCGACUCCGAGUAUCAGAAUCAGCACAUACACAGAGCAAAGGGCGGUGUGGGCUACUACGGAGCCGCCGGUCUUAGUGCCUACUGUCCCCUAGCGACGCAGACUUUACCUCCUGGUCCAUACUCGCCUCCGGACAGAACAAAACCUCCCAUUGCCUAUGCUCAAACCCUGCCCUGGGGAGCUCACCUGACCUACGCUCCAUCAGGUCCUCCUAGUCCGGAACGACGUCCCAAAGAAAUUCUUAUACCACCAGGUGUCAUGCAGCCGCCCCCGAAGCCUCAACGUUCUUUUCAGCAAGGAGGUACCCUUCCCAUUGGGAAAGGGAUCCGGUGCACCCCGCCACCUCCCACUGGGCCUCCGCCUUCCAUACCCUCUCCCCGCUCUGGAAUGCCCAGGCCCAUGGUUGAGACGAGAGUCCCUCCUUUCCCCCGUUACGCUCCCGAGCGGCGCCACGAGCCCCAGGGCGGUUACCGACCCCCACCCGAGCGCCCUUACAGUGCCGGGGCGCAGCCUAUCUACACGGUGUCCCCUGAGCGUCACUAUGAGCCGACGUAUCGCAAGAGCUUCGAGGGCGGCUACCUAUCUUCGCCCGAAAGGCGUUACGAACCUGCGCGGGCAUUCGCAGCGGCCGCUGCGGCUCCCAUCUCGCCCUACGAGGAGCCCUACUACGGAGGGACAGAAAGGAUCUACGGAUCUAGAUCGGGCUCGGUAACGCCUGUCGUCGACGAAGAAGCCAGAUUGCGGGUUGAGCAUAUGGAAAGACAGUUGGCCAGCCUGACAGGGCUGGUCCAGAAAGCUUUGACGGCGGCGCCCAUACGUUCGUCGCCCCAGAACCAACAGAUUCCCACGAGAGAUAUUUCCAAAGAGAGAGGACAGGGAGAAGGAUUCUCCGAAGCUCGAUCUUCUAAGUCUUCCUCUUGCACAUCCUUGGCAGACGAGAAUUCAGAGUCUCAACCUGAACCGCAUUCCAAAUAUGCCUUUAAGGAGGAAAAGUCUGUGUCGUUCUCGGAUGAAACAACCACAGUGAGCUCGCCCGUCCACCAGAAGCAGCAUUCCCCUCAACAUACAGUCGAGAGACCCGUGAAACCAGCCAUCAAGUCCUCCCUCUCCCUUCGCAGCCAGCCUUCCUCAGAUGUGGAUUCUGUCCCCACUCAGCUACAUCCUCCAACAGUUAAAGUUACUUCCGCAGACCGUGAACCCCGUUCCAAACCUGCACCGCCUCCUAAACCAAGUUCCCUCUCCGAAAGACAGCAUUCAGCUUCACCACCCACCAAAGGGAAGUUCCGAGUGAGCGUCGAGAUGUACAGUCAGCUGAGGCAUCUGAGGAAGCAAACCAAGGAUCUGAGGCUGGAGGUGCGGAACCUGAGGAGGAUUGCUCAAUCGCAAGCCAUCACAGCCAAGGAGACCGUCAAGGAGACUUGCCUUAAAAUUAAGACGAUGCUGGCGGCUGCACAAAUGGGGGAAGAACAUGUCUGUGCUGAGAGAUUGAAAGUUUCGAGGGAAGAAGAACUCUAUCGCCAAGAUGUCAAUCAUUUAGAAAGAGAUCUCCUGGAAUUGGAGAGUCAAGUGGAAGAAUUGAGGGGAAACGUCAUCAAUCGAAAGUGCCGGGUCAACCUGGGCGAUGUCGAAGGAAUGGCGCUUGUCCUCAGCAGAGCGAGCAAGGCGGUGGCCGAACUCAAAGCUCGGUUCCCUGCCUUACAAGAAAGCUUGAAAACCAUCAUGGCGGUCGAGAUGGAAGUAGUAUGCAGGGAAGAAAAAUUCCUAAAGGAUGAACCCGAACGAUUAGAAAACGCUUUAAGAAGAUGUAAAAAGUUAACUGGAACGCUGGUCACACUGAAACGACUGGCCUCUGUGCAAGAACAGCGGCACACCGUAGGACACCACCUGCCCGAGAAGUCGCAUUCCGCCGACGGACCCCACUCCGACGGAGAAAUGCAUUCCACAAAAUCAAGCCGGCAGGGUUGGAAGCGGAGUUCUAACUUCAAAGAGAAGAUAGACAUGUGGAGAGGUUAUUCUACCCUCGGAUGGGCUGACCAGCCGCGGGGCAGGAUGACGUCCUCCUUGAAUCCUUUGCAGAGUCUGAGUCUGGACGGAGGCACGCAUACAGUUAUACACGUUCCGCCAGCUGACGGACAACAGCAGCAACAGCCAAAGCAGCAGACAGCAUUGGACGCACUCCUGAGCGAGCUCCAAACUUUCAACCACCCUGCCGAGCCGAAGCAACAAAGAGACAACAUACCGGGGCUUCUUGGACCCCAGAGGCGAUUGCCUUCUUACCCCAGUGCGGAUUCACCAGUCCGCUCUCCCAUACAUGGCAUGCCUCAGGCACGUUCGCCAACAAACUUGGAUCCUGGAGCCAAGACCCUACAGGUGACGCCAACCGCCAAGAGCUUGUCACCCACACCUCAAGAGCGGAAGCCUUCUCCCACUUCACAGCUGGCUGUGAAAACCAUUGCAGAAGUCCUCCAGAAGAAAGUUCCUCCGCCACCGCCGCCAAGAACAACCAGUCGGUCGCCUGUCACUUCUCCAACGGAGGCGGUCACAGCCACCACUGCCAAAGCAGUUCCAUUGCGAUCAGCUCUCGCAAUGCGCAAUCCUCCUCCGCAACGUAGCAGCUCAGUGCCAACUCCCAGAGGAUCAUCCCAUCCCACUUUGAGACAGACUGCCUCGACGCGGCCGUCGUCCCGAGAACGCCCAGAUCCACCCUCUGCACCACAACCUUCAUCAUCGCAAGCUUCGAAAGAGGCCAUUCUGAGAACUUCGGCUCUUAACGAUGAGCCACCACCCCGCGAUCAACUUUCAAGCAAUAGUAGCAGCAGCGAAAGCGUUAAUUCUCAAGAAGGACUGCAAAUGGCUUUGCAAGCAGCCAAAGCUGAGCAAAAGAAGGUCUCAGCACAGUUGAGGAAUGAGCUCCAGGAUGAGGUGUUCACACUCGGAUCUCAGAAAAAAGGAGGUCCCAAGAACCGACAAGAACUACUCGAACAACGCCACCAAGAAUUGCUGCGUAAACAAAAACAACUCCAGGAACAAUACACGAGGCUGCAGCAGAUCCAAAGGGGGCAAGUCUUCGCUCGGUUCGGCGCCAAAACUGGCGAUCUUAAGAAAACCGGGAGUGAAUCCAACAUACUUUCAAAGGCCGGACUACUUACCUUGGCAACAGCAUCUGGAUCCAUGCAGCACCUCGCCGUGACCGGAUCCGUCUCAAAUCCCAUCGCCGGAUCCAAGUCAUCUCCUUCCUCCUCCCCCAAUUUAGGGAAGGGAGGACCCCAUAGCCCAGGGAAUAAAAUCUAUGAAACGGAUAUCCUCUGAAAUAUCUGGAUCUGCUCUGUCGUAUGAUGGUUUUUUAAUGAAAAACCGAGACUAUUUUCAUAAAUUUCGAUCUACACUCCAAUGAACGAUGAACAGGAUUGUCGUAUCAGCCGAGUGUCAGAAAUGGAAAGCGCUAAGCAAGCGUAGUUUCCAGUACUUUCCUAUGGAUCCAACCAACUAGAGACGGUGACGGCCUAUAGAGGUGGACAUCGAUAUCCCAUUUCUAGAAGCGCUGUAGACCUCCGUGGUAUAUUUUAGACAUUCGCUCAGUUUUUCUAUAUUUUUUUCCGAUGCUUUGUUUUUUAUUUACCGUUAUCCUAAACGCGGAGGCACUUUCGAUAUUCAAACAAGCAUUUACAAUCCCACCGUAACCGAUGUUGAGUUGGAAACUUUUUUUCGGCUUCUAUUAUUAUACAAUUUAAUGAUUUCCUCUUUCUGUGGAAUAUAUAUUGAUAAUAAUAGAUGAUCUUUAGAUACCGAAAUUUAUAUUUAACAUAAAAAAAAGUUACGAUAAUGGUGAGGAUAUAAAGUAUUAUAUAAAACCUCACACUGUACAGUGACGCAUGUCAAAUAGAGUCUAUUUCAAAUGCGAUUCAGCCAUUUGGAUAUUGUCUAUAUAGAUUUAGUACAGAUUUUUAUUUCGCAUGUUUUUUUGGCAAAUCACAUGAUUCCCUUUACAAAAGAGAUCACGACUUGUUACGGACAAGAUGACCUUUCGAUCAAAUCCUUCUUCCUUGUUGUGUUUUUCCAGUCAAAAUCUAGUCUUUAAAAAAAAAGUAUUAUGAAGUGUUGAUGUUUCGAUGAGUGGCCUGGCCUCUUUUUAGAAGAGAACUUUAUUCUGGGUUAUAUGGCAUUCUCGGGAGAGAUAUUCAAAGGUUACUGUUCUACGAGACUUGCAUUUUGAGCGUAGCUCUUCCCAAUUGGAAAAUACACGAUCUCCCGAUACUGUUUUUAUUUUCUUCACGCCAACUCACUCACGGUGCUACCACCAAAAACGGGAACUGUUUUUAUACUCGACGCGAGCUGUUUUUUAAAAAGGAGAAAAACUGAUGGAGGAAAAGGCUGCUCAACCACAGAUAAUGUGACCCUGAAUUGAAAGAACCGAUGUUGCUACUAUACAGUUUGGAAUGCCCACUAUAAUGCAAAUUUCAUAAAAGCAAUUUUUUUUUUUUUUUGUGACUUAUUCGAUCCAAUGCCAUGUUGAAGGCACUUGGCAACCGCCUAAAAAGAAAUCAGCUAAGAGAUAAUUUAAAGAAAAAUAAUUUUCAAGCAUUUCUUUAAAAUGUAUUAAUUAUAAUAUAAAUGAGGCAUUAAGAGUCUGAAUGGAUUGUUAUAUUUUGCAACUCACCACUUCCAAGAACAAAAAACUAUCCAUUUGCGUAAAUAUAAGAAAAAGAAAGCAUUUUAAAUUGAUUAAGAACUAAAAUGGUAUUUAACAAUGAAAUAUUUUCGUUUCAGAGUGGUAUAUUAUAUAUCACUAAUUCAGAAAAAUAUAAAAUUAUGCUAAUUCAGACAGAUUUUAAAAUAUUUGGCGAAACUCUAACCAAAAAAUAAAUUAAAGCAUUCUUUUUUUUUUUUACACUUAAAAUUAUAUACCCGAAUCAUAAAGAUGGUGAGAAUUUAAUGAUUGUAAAUAUGGCUGAAGUAUUUUUCUGUGAAAGAUAUAUAAUAUUUCAAUCUUCUUAACUAACUAUGAAAAUAAAUCGAAGAAGAUGUUUCUCACUAUUAUCUUCCAGAUUCUACAAUUUAGUUUUGUUUGUUUUUCCUUGUAUAUAAGCAGAUUAAACAAAUGUGUGAUCCUAUGAUGUCAGACAUGAUAAUUAAUUUAGAUAAGGAGUAUUUUAAUUCUGCUGACAGCAUGCAAUAGCCCUAAAAUAUAUUAUGCCACCUGACAAAGACAAAAUUAGCACUUCUUUCCCUUUUCAUUCAUAUGCCUUGAUUAAUUAAUCAAGAGCAUUGGUUAGAGUCACUUAAUCACAGGCAUUGGUUAGAGUUAAGAUUACGUUAUAAUCUCGACACCAGGAGUGCGAAAUGUUUAUCAAUCUUUAAAAUAUUAGUCAAAAAGCCUGCCAUCUUUGAUGCAGGUAAUGAAACGAACCUUUUUUUGAAAAACAUUCAAUUUCUUAUUCGUAAAAUUGCAAAUGAAAUAUUAUCGAUUGCCAAAUUUGGCGAGUAAUCGCUUAAAAAAUACUCUUUAGUGACUACUAAUGUUUGUAUUUGAUUAAAUAUUGAGACUAACGAACGGUAUAUCCAUCCUUGACUAGAUAGGUAAGUAAAUAACAUAUUCCCACUAUCUGUGGUUGGACAGCAUGUAAUAAACGCUUCUUUUUCCGGUGUUUUUCUCGCCAUUUUGUGAGAGAAACCUUUGUAGGGGUGACCUUCCAGUCAAGUAGCUAGUCAAUCUCCGGUGCGGUCUUUUUUGGAAAAAAAAAAUUUUAUAUUUAGGUAUAAAGUCUGAACACAAUAAUGCAAGCCAUUUUCUAGCGAGCUUGCCCGCUUCUUCCCCUCAAUUUAAUCCAUUGUUUCAGUUUUCGCUCUUUGAAAUGUUGGCAAAUGCAGAAAUUCGUUUGGGAUUAAAAAAAAAAUUAAAAGUAAGUGAACGUCCACUCUUUUAAACAUAAUUUAAUGCAGAAUUUCUGGAUUUUAUUUUGCUAGAUAUUGUCUGAGCCGGUGUUAAAAGUUACAGAAUCAUUUUUGUGUGUCUAUGCGAAAUUUUACAUCGGUUUCUCUUUUAAGACUUUUCCAUACUGCCAAAUGUAAGAAAUUAUGAAUCAAUCAAUUAGAAAUGUUAAUUUAGAGUAUUACAAAUAAACAUGCAAUGGCUCUUUUAACAGGGGAUUCUCCAUCCGUGUAUUUAAGACAGGGAAGUGUGAACGAAAUUUUAGGUCAUGCUUUCAUAUUACCUAAUUUGAAUUUGUAAGAAUUAUUUGUAAUUUUCUAUGUAUGUUACAAUUCCCAAAAAAAAGUUUGAAUAUUAUUUUAAAUGAUAUAAAGAUGUUUGAAAUCGUUUGCAUAUCGUUAAAUUUGAAAAUAUUCAAAAUCUAAUUUUUUUAAUAACAAAUGAGUGCAAUUUAAGUUUUAGAAGUCCGAAAUAUCAAAUAUAUAAAUAUAAUUGAAAAAUAAUCUAUUAAUAAUUUUUAAUGCGUCAUUUUAUAAAUUUUAUUGAGUCACAAAAUAAAGUAGAAUUUCAAAUGCAAUUUAAAAAAAUUAUUGUGCGUAUUUGGAACUUCUGAAACAUGCAAAAGGGUAAAGAAAAAUUCCUUAAAGUUUUUAUUUUGUUUAUAAUACAUCUUUAACAUUUUGAAAUGAGAAAAAAAAUUAUAAUAUGUAAAUAUAAAUGAUAACAUAAGAAUCUGCAUAUGCUUAGUAUAUAAUGCACUUUCUAAUUAUUGUUCAUUAAAUAUUUGUUUAGUGGAUAGUAUACUUUAAUGCAAUCAUCUAAUACAAAUAUCGAAGCUACAAGGAGUUAAUACUAUCUGAUAAUUAAUAUUGAUUAGAUGCAGUAAUUUAUGCAAUUUUUAGUUUCAAUGUCCUAAAAUAUUUUCACUGCGAAUAAUAUAUUACUUUAAUUCAAUCAUUUAAUACAGUUGUUUGAAACUUUUUAGCGCCAUUUAUACUCUUUCAUUGCAUUUUUUUAAAUAUUCUCUACUCUCAUUAUCCUCUCCCCGCGUCAAUCAUUCCUUUUCACAAAGAAGUUUUUAUUAAAAAUUUUAGGUCAAUGUUAGAGUCAAAUUAUUCGAAUUAAUUAAAUGUUAUUUAUGGAAAUCAUUUAUUUUUGUAUUUUAUACCAUUCGGUGUAAUAGUAUUGAUUCAAUGUGAAAAUAGCAUUGAAAUAAUUUCGCAUUAAAUUGUAACUGAAAUUAUUAAUUACAAUAAUCAACAAUUCAAAUGGAGACAAUUCAAUUCAGCCUGUUUUCAUAAAUCUGAAUUUAUAAAAUCAAUAAAAAACAAAUGGAAUUUUACAUCUCUAGCUAUAUUAAGUUCACUGCGAUGUUUAUUGAUUAUGUUCUUAAAAGUUAUAUGUUCAUUUUUCCCAAAAGUGUUAUAUAAAAGUAAAUAUUUUAUUUCUUUAAUUCAAAAUCCUUAUUACUUUGAUUUUAUUGUUAUCAAUAUACUUUCGUGUUUUAUUUGACAAUCUUAGUGUCAUUCCUUUACUAUUACCCGAAUGACUUUCGAAUUUGCAGAUUUUUCACUUUUCACAUAACUCCAUAUAUUUUAUUGUUUUCCACCAUUACCAAUUCAUAUCUUAAGAAAUAAGAAUACCAUAAAGGUUGGGAACUUCCGAUCUAACAGAAAUAAUAUCCUAUUCGUUGAAUUUCACCCCAAAUAAUGCACAAUUAAUUUUUAUGUAGCCAUAAUAAGCUUUCUCUUUAAAUAUUCCAUAUUACACCUGAUAGCCCGGCAUUUCAGGGUAGGUUUUCAGACUGAUAAUAAUGUCGAUUAUAUAUAUAUAAGUAGAUUUUUUGAAAAUAUAAGUCCACUUCGAAUAAUAUUUUUUCACAUACAGAUAACUGCAAAUGGUAAUAUGAAUUUUUCUACUCAUUAUUCCCCUUAGUAACUCUUACACAAUGUAAAAAGCAACACCUUUGCAGCUGUAGUUGAAUUUUAAAUCACUACUAAUGCUUUAAUAUAACAUUCAACGUAUCAUUUUAUUUAAAUUCAGGAUUUUUUGUCAUAGACUUACCCUUUUAUUAAGAAAUAUAAAUCAAUCCAACUUCCAGCAUAAAACUAUUCAAAAUAUCAAAAAUAAUAUGUUGCCAUAACGUAAAACAUAUAAUUGAAUAUAAAUUCGUAUUCGAAAACAUUCAAUUUCGAUAUUCUUUAUACAUGCUAGCUGAAAAAUUUGAUUGAACCGUUGAUUCAAGCACGGGAUAUCAGUAUGCAUCGAUUCUGAAAAUAAUAUUCAAAAUACUGUAUUUUACAUGAUUAAUUUACAAUACAAUAAAAUGAAAACAGUAGUUCUCAUAUAUUGAGACGUUAAUUUAUUCGACAUUUACAAAUCAUUUACUAAUCCAUUAUUCAGUAAUACAUGUAAAUAUUUCAUACAACAGAAAUUCGGUUUUUAAAUUUUAUAUUGAAUAUUUAUUUUUUCUUUUGUGGAAUCAAUAAAUUUAUUCAAUUCCAUUCUAAACAAAAAAAAAAAAUCUCAAAAUACUGAUAUAUUUCGGACUUCAGUAACGGAAAAGAAUUCAGAGGAUCAUUUUAAUUUAUUAUAGCUACUAAAAAAGAUAGUAAAAUUUAAACAAACAAAUAAUUGUUUUAUCAUAUAUCAUUUAAAUUUUAUGUGAUAGCACAAUAGAAAUGAUCGCAAUAAAAUGGGAAAUAAUUUUUAAUAAGAAUGAUUACUUGGAAAAAUAGGUAAUCCAUAAAUGUCGACAGAAUGUUUUUUUACCUAUAAAAAUAAUACUCGAUGAUUUAUUGAUAGUUUUUCAAAAAUAUACGUCGAUCUAAAAAAAAUUGAAAAUCACCAAAUUAUCCUUCUGAAAUGAAAUUCAAAUACAUUGAAAAAUUCUUCCUUACACCGUAUGAGUUUAUUUACGUUUAGGAACUGACAAAAGAGGGGAGUUGCAAAUAUGUCGAGAAAAUAAAAUUCUGAAUUUUUGUUGAUCACCGCAUGAUGAGAGAUUCCACAUUCAGACAAUUAAGUAAAGCAGAAGAAUUGUACUCUAUACUGUGAUCAAAGCUCAGGUCUAACAAAAUUCAUUUUGUAGAAGUUAAUUUCAUAUUUAUUGCAUAGUCUUUACUUUGCAAGAAAAUGAUUCUGUGACAAAAGAAUUUAAAUGUUCAAGAUCGUAUUACUUAAAUCUUUACAAAUUUAGGAAAGUGAAAUUUGGUAGCAAUUUAAAAUUAGCAUACUGCUAAGAAGGUAGAUAUUUUGCUACAUCUUCAUGGCAGGAAAAAAAAUCUUCCUCUGAAUAUAAAUAAAUCACUACAUUUAUCAAAAUUUGCUUUAAACAAUUUCUGUAAACAUUUCGUACGUUCACGUCAGUACUAUUCUGUUAUGAGGACCCAAAGUUCGCCAAGCUUGUAUAUUGGCGUUAUACUUUCAGCGCUAAUAUUUUAUGGGGAUAAAGAAUUACUAAUAAGUUUUGGUAGUUAUUAUUUGGACCCCAGCUAACAGAAUUGUACCACUUGUGGCUUCGUAUAACAGUUGGAAGAUAUGGUUCUAUAUCACCGGGGGUACAUUUGGACGCGAACGUUUAGUUAUAAUUAAUAAAAAUGUAUCAUCAGAAUAAUUAGAAAUCCAUACUUUCUGCAUUUGUCGACAAAGACAUUCGACGAAGAGGGGCUGCGUUUAAAUCAGAUUUCUAACCCCACAACCAAAUUCGCAAGAUGGGUACCUGUUGCCUAUUUCCGUCAGAUCUAUUAGAUAUAUAUUAUCGAUCUAACUAAAAUCUAUUGGAUGAAAUGGCUUUUGGGGAAAUGAAAAUCAUGUCCAAAACUGAAAUAGGAAAAAAAGCAGUCUUGGUUCGCAGGCGGAAAAACGCCUGCUAGUCGAAAAUCAAAACGGAGCGUCGUGUAUAUUGAUGAUUCUAACGUUUAGACUUUUACCCUAUGCUGCUGCGCUAGAUGUUAUCGUACAAAAAAUAAAAAUAAAAAAAAGGUAUCUGCUUCUCAUUGGUUCGCUUGUAAAAAGAUUUUAGAUAUCUUGUUUUUCAUUAGAUCGUUCUAUGCUUUUGGGUGCUGUAACAGGAUUGAGAACAAAGACUUCACUGUGUCGAUCAAAUGCCAAAGGUAUAUAAUAAUAAUAUUAUUAUUAAACACAGCUCAAAUUCAAUCCAUGUUUAAACAGUUGUUAGUGUUUAUUUGAAUUUUAUGAUAUUCACAGCGUCGUGUCCUGUUAAAAGUUGUAUAAGACUUUUUUGGCAUAAUUCUGUUGGCGUAAUGAUAAUUUUAGUGAAAGUUAUUUUUGAAAAAGUAAUUGAUUAGGAAAAGUAGCGUGAUUUUAAGGAAGAGUGGUUAUUUGUGGCAAUGGAUCAUUUAGGUUUUGAAAGAAUUCGAUCCGGAUUAUCAAUGAUAUAUAAAACAAAAUUUUUAAGGACGAGAUAUAUCUCAAGGAGUCGCCCUUUUCGUCUGAGCUUCUAUUCAGAAGUAUGAGAUCCAUCAAUCAUUAAACAGCCUAAAAAUCAGGUUGCCUAUAACAAAAUCGGCUAAAAAUUUAACAGAGUAUGAAUAAUAAUGGAAAAAAAAUUCGAAUAUGAACUAUUAAACGUUGAAUUAUUAUAAAGUUUAUGAGAUUAAUAUUCCAUGGAUUGCUGUGACAACUGCCAAUUAUAUUUUCAAGAAAAUUAACUCGUUAAAAAUAAAACAUUCUUUCGAAAAUCAAAUUGUAUCUAUUCUAUUAUCAAAAGGGUUUUUCUUAAAACAGCAAAUAUUUCUUCUCCUUUAGAAGAAUGCGACUUCAUAUAGACAAGUGCAUCGGCCGAGAUGAAGAAAAGUACCUGGUUUUAAUAAAUUUGACUUCAUUGGCGUAUCCUAAUUUAUAAAAAUAGACUCUUCUGAUACCUUGUGACGUCAUGAAAAAAAUAGAGUCGUCUUAAGUCGCCUUCUCCUGGGAGCCAAGAAAUAUCUUAUUUGCAUUUUUAUUUACAUUUGAUAUGAUAUCGAUUUUUUUAAUAUAUAUUUUGAAUAUUGUACUUAUCACAUGUGCAAUGUAUUUACCAUGGUAGUCAUGGGAUGGUUUAUAUAUGACGUAUUCACUCAUUUAUGUACUAACCGCAUCCCAUUGGUGGUAUUAAUAUUAAUUGCUCGCCUUUGGCGAACAUGGGAAAUUUUCAGCUACGUAAGAAUCUAUUAGCGUGCGAGUUCCGGCAGUUCAUUUGAUGAUUUAUCAUUGAUAUGCAAUUAAUGCGUAAAUACCAAUUUAUUCUAUUUUAAAAAUAUGUUCUAUCAUCGUAACCAAAAGGACUUCCUUCAAUGCGAAAAAUGUAGGAAUAUACGCAUAAAAAUUAAAAUAACAAAAAUAAAUUCCACUCAUUUUUUCUUAACAUCACACUACCCAAUAUUAUUAUAAGUUUAGAAGAGUGCUGCCAAUACAGAAAGCUAUGCGAUCAGGACUCGACGCUGCGUGUGAUGUGAUUUAAGUGUACUUGGUCAACUUCCUAUUGAUUGUUCGAUUACUGAAAUAUGUUGCUGUGUCGUUCCAAAGAUGAAUUGCUUUAAUCUUGGAGUUUAAGAUAAGGUUGACAUAUCUUCGAAAAAAUAAAUUGUUGAUUAAAAUGAGAAGUUUAUCGCGCAUCCAUCUGUUAAUAAAUGAAAUGUCUGUUGGGCACUCAUUAAAUGUGUCAGUGUGUUUAUUUCAUUUCA